AUGAAGAAAAUCAUUGAUCCAAAGUACCAAUGGACUGGUCCCCUAGGUCGAAUAACUAAAGAAUCACAGAGAUUUGUUUUAUCUGAUUAUGGUAGCUUGGAGAUUUAUAAUAUUAAGGGCAGUGACUCUGGAAGUUAUACUUGCCGAUUGAAUUAUAUAUUUAAUGGUGAUCAACUGACUACAGAAAUCCAUUUCAUGAUCUAUGUGUAUCAUAUGCCGAGGAAGAGUAUACAUCUGUCAUCUAAAUUCACAAUUGGAACAUGUGAAAACAAUGCAAUUGUUUCAUUUGAAAAGUAUCUCUUAGAGAAUUUGGAAAGCUUAAUCUACGAUCUGGGUUGUGAGAUCAAGCAGUGGAGUACACAGUGUCAUGCUUCUACAGACACAGUGGAAAAGAUAAAACACAAGCUUACCUUUCAGUUUGUAGUGUUUCCUUUAGUGUUGACUGCUGCAGAUCUCUGUAGAAGUUCUCAAUGUGAAAAUUCCAUGAGUGACAUUAAAAAGGCAUAUGGCAAGAUCAAGCAGUUCUUUGAAGUCCAAAACACUGAUUCCUCUCACAGCGAUCAUAUCCGUUAUAUUCCUGGCAGCCUGACUGGUGUUAAAGUAGACCACUGCAAACCAGGGUUUGGGAAAAACAUAAAUGCUAUCAAUAAUGAUACAAUGUGUCCAGGAUGUUGUGUAACAUGUCCACCAGGUACAUUCAGUGCAAAAUAUGGUACCAUCUGUAUUCUCUGUCCGGCUGGAUCCUAUAAUGAAAAGUAUGGCCAAGCGGUAUGUGAAAAUUGUCCAGAAGCACAGAGCAGUGAUGAAAAGGGUGCAAAGACAGAAAGAAAAUGUCACAGUAAGUCUGUGGAAUACGUUGCCAAAGAAAUGUCCUAAAUUCCACCUUUCUUGUUUUUCGGAGGCAACGGAAAACUUCUUCCAUUAA